AUGUCCGGUUUUUUGGAGGCAUUUCAAAAAAUAUCCGACAUCGCAGAAACAAAUAAUGCGGGAUUGCGUCCGUUUGGCAUCGCGUUGCGGCGUUAUUGCCUGCGUCAACGUCAAAUCACGGAGUGUCUGGUGACUCCUUUAUCGGACAGGCUGGAUGAGUGGCGUCGGACGGCCAACCAAAUGGAUCGAGACUGUGUAAAGGAGCUUCGUAAAGCCAAGUCGGAAUUGCAGCGUGCCAUUCUUGAAGCGGAGAAGUGCAAAAAGCGGCUUCGCCGUAAGGAGGUGCCGAGCUUUUAUGUCGUGCUUUCAUCAUUGUCAAAGUCCAAACAGGCCUUGGCGGCUAGCGUGGUACUGCACCUAUCUAUUUCCUACCCUGGAAGGCAGGGAAGGUGGGCACAGUUAGGUCAAUACUAUGGCUACGAAUUCGAAUCUAAGCUUAAGGAGUUUUGA